AUGCGGGGCUCAGUAUCUUCAUCAGUGACCUCUACAGCGAGCAAUCAGCUCAGCAGAGUAGAUAGGAAACGCCGCGAUAACAUCAACGAUAGAAUUCAACAAUUGCUCACAAUGAUCCCUAACGAGUUUUUUCAGGACUAUUACAAGAAUUCAAGUUGUACGGAUUCCGAGUAUGGCUCUGGAGACACACCUAGCUCCGCCACAACCCCCAAACCGGGCACAAAUGCAGCGAAGAUCAAAGGCACAGGCACCAGAGAUGGGAAACCAAACAAGGGACAAAUAUUGACGCAGGCAGUUGAAUACAUCAUGUCCUUACAAAACGAAAUCGAUUCCAAGAAUCGGGAAGAAGUGGAACUUAUCUUAAAAGUGCAAGACCUGAGCAAAAUUACAGGAACAAUAGUCAAUGAUAUCAACCUAGAGAACACCAGCGCAGAAAUGGCCCUUGCCAAGAUCGGAGUGGGCAGUCUAGCGGGAGAAAUUGCACAGGACGAUGAACAAGGUCAACUAGACUCUCAAACUGCACUCCCCGCCAAUCCGCAAUACGCCAACCCAAAGAUCAGCAACUUCGAAUACGGAGGAUAUUCAGAGUAUGGAGACGGCAUCUAG